CAAUUAUUCAUUUACUUCAUGAAAAAUGUUAACAACCGUAUUUACUGAUCUAAGACAUUAACACCUGAGCCCCCUCGAUGUGCAACUGCUAAUGGUUAGCGCUCAAUAGUUUUGCUUUGCUAUUGGUGCAAAUUUUCCCGGGAAUAUUACGUACUAACCACAAUUUCGCGCCAAAUUCAUUGCAGCGGCACGACAAAGCUACAUCCUACAGAAGGUAAGAAAAGUAAUUGUAAGAUAUUUCUAAAGUAUCAAAAGUUAAAUUAACUACAUGGGUCAUUUCGUAUUGAAUCUUUUAUGUUAUUAAAGCGAAUUCAGAUUACCUAUAUGUGUUUGGGACUUAAAGUAAAAUCGCUCAGUACUAUACUGGGUUUCCUCGGCUGAGUGUCUCAGUCUUGCACUCUAUAACGUUACUAGCUAGUUAUCGUUACUGUUUACAGUUGUCUUGAACAUGCCAGCUAUUAUGGUAUUUAAUUAAACAUGAUUAGGAUGAUGAUGCUGUAUUUAGAGGAAGUAACUAGUUAAGGAUUUAGAAUAAAUAUUUUCUUUAUAGUUUACACGUUUUUCGGAAGUUUCUAGUCAACUACCCAGCUAGCUAGCUAGCUAGCUAACGUUAGCUAGCUGGGUAGGAUGCAUUGUUUCACUUUCAUUGCACAUGUCAAAAAGAUGCAAGUACCAAUAACUAGCCUGGCGUUGUUAUUAUUAGCUAACUGUAGCUCAACUCAGCUAUGUUACAUGCUGGUUGCAUAAUGUUAUUGUACGAGUCAAUGACGCAUGUAUGUAUUUAACUUUUUGUUUUUGUUGACUGUUCUAGCUAAUCAACCAGAUUUAAUUUCUAGGACCUGUGAUCAUUCAGGAUGUCUUCACCAACAUCAACUCCCGGUGGAAGCAAGCGCAGCAGGGACAACAUUCCAGCCACUCGUAAGUUGUACAGAAACGUUAUCUGAGUCCCAUAACCCAUAUUUACAGUGAUUAUGUUGAUUUGUUGACUCGGAUAUAUGUAUUUUUUCUGUCUCUGUAGCAAGCAGUGAUGGCCUGGUCUCUCCUCCUUCCCAGCGGCGACGAGGUCAGGACUCAUCCAACGGGGAUCUGCCAGCCAUGCCCACAUCUCCAGCCACAGAUAUUGCCAGCCCUGCAGUCCAUGACACCUCUCUGUUCUCCAGCCCACGUCGCUCAGGUAACCGCCUCACCAUCAUUGACACACAGAAUGCUGCUGGAUGCUAUUUGAGAUAGUCCUUUUUGUAGUUGCAAAAAUGGCCAUUUCUGGUACACAAACACUUCUCCAGGCUUUGUGACAUCUGGGCCCGUAUCCACAAAGCGUCUCAGAAUAGGAGUGCUGAUCUAGGAUCAGUUUAGUCUUUUAGGUCAUAAUGAAAAUGAUUAUAUGGACAGAUCCUAGAUCAGCACUUCUACUCUGAGAUGCUUUGUGGAUACAGGCCCAGAUCAUUUGUGCAGCACAACUGCAAAAAAACAAAUGAACUGAGAUGCUGACUGUGAUAUCACUCUGAAUGUCAUGUCAAUGUCCUAUCCUCUUCUCCCCAGUUCUCCCCAGUGAGGUGGACAUGAGCUCCCCUCUGAUGUAUGGGACCCCUAGCUCCAGGGUGGAGGGGACCCCCCGCAGUGGCGUGCGUGGCACCCCAGUCAGACAGCGCCCUGACCUGGGCUCCGUCAGGAAGGCCCCCCAGGUGGACCUCCUCUCCGAGCCGGUGAGUAGGGAAACACUCCUAUAUGGAGAAUGAUAGUCAGGAAAUCUAUAACUGCUAAUGCUAGAUUGAUAUACAGUGGGGGAAAUAAGUAUUUAGUCAGCCACCAAUUGUGCAAUUUCUCCCACUUAAAAAGAUGAGAGAGGCCUGUAAUUUUCAUCAUAGGUACACGUCAACUAUGACAGACAAAAUGAGGGAAAAAAAUCCAGAAAAUCACAUUGUAUGAUUUUUAAUGAAUUUAUUUGCAAAUUAUGGUGGAAAAUAAGUAUUUGGUCACCUACAAACAAGCAAGAUUUCUGGCUCUCACAGACCUGUAACUUCUUCUUUAAGAGGCUCCUCUGUCCUCCACUCGUUACCUGCAUUAAUGGCACCUGUUUGAACUUGUUAUCAGUAUAAAAGACACCUGUCCACAACCUCAAACAGUCACACUUCAAACUCCACUAUGGCCAAGACCAAAGAGCUGUCAAAGGACACCAGAAACAAAAUUGUAGACCUGCACCAGGCUGGGAAGACUGAAUCUGCAAUAGGUAAGCAGCUUGGUUUGAAGAAAUCAACUGUGGGAGCAAUUAUUAGGAAAUGGAAGACAUACAAGACCACUGAUAAUCUCCCUCGAUCUGGGGCUCCACGCAAGAUCUCACCCCGUGGGGUCAAAAUGAUCACAAGAACGGUGAGCAAAAAUCCCAGAACCACACGGGGGGACCUAGUGAAUGACCUGCAGAGAGCUGGGACCAAAGUAACAAAGCCUACCAUCAGUAACACACUACGCCGCCAGGGUCUCAAAUCCUGCAGUGCCAGACGUGUCCCCCUGCUUAAGCCAGUACAUGUCCAGGCCCGUCUGAAGUUUGCUAGAGUGCAUUUGGAUGAUCCAGAAGAGGAUUGGGAGAAUGUCAUAUGGUCAGAUGAAACUUUUUGGUAAAAACUCAACUCGUCGUGUUUGGAGGACAAAGAAUGCUGAGUUGCAUCCAAAGAACACCAUACCUACUGUGAAGCAUGGGGGUGGAAACAUCAUGCUUUGGGGCUGUUUUUCUGCAAAGGGACCAGGACGACUGAUCCGUGUAAAGGAAAGAAUGAAUGGGGCCAUGUAUCGUGAGAUUUUGAGUGAAAACCUCCUUCCAUCAGCAAGGGCAUUGAAGAUGAAACGUGGCUGGGUCUUUCAGCAUGACAAUGAUCCCAGACACACCGCCCGGGCGAAGGAGUGGUUUCGUAAGAAGCAUUUCAAGGUCCUGGAGUGGCCUAGCCAGUCUCCAGAUCUCAACCCCAUAGAACAUAUUUGGAGGGAGUUGAAAGUCUGUGUUGCCCAGCGACAGCCCCAAAACAUCACUGCUCUAGAGGAGAUCUGCAUGGAGGAAUGGGCCAAAAUACCAGCAACAGUGUUUGAAAACCUUGUGAAGACUUACAGAAAACGUUUGACCUGUGUCAUUGCCAACAAAGGGUAUAUAACAAAGUAUUGAGAAACUUUUGUUAUUGACCAAAUACUUAUUUUCCACCAUAAUUUGCAAAUAAAUUCAUAAAAAAUCCUACAAUGUGAUUUUCUGGAAAUUUUUUCCUCAUUUUGUCUGUCAUAGUUGACGUGUACCUAUGAUGAAAAUUACAGGCCUCUCUCAUCUUUUUAAGUGUGAGAACUUGCACAAUUGGUGGCUGACUAAAUACUUUUUUUCCCCACUGUAGAAUGAUACCAUUAGCAAAUCUGUAAUAGCUAAUGCUAUUUAGAUAUUGAAUGAUACCGUUAGCAAAUCUCUAACAGUUUAGGACAUUUUCUACUCCACCAGCCAAGUGCAGAUGGUGCAGUAGCCAGUGAGCAGGCAGCGGGACAGAAGUUGGUUAUCUGGGGCACUGAUGUCAAUGUGGGAACGUGCAAGGAGAAGUUUCAGGUAUGGAAGUUAAGCCUGUGCUUUCAUUGGUGUAGAAAAAUAAAUAAGAUGUAAUUGAUAAAGAAAAGUUUAGUUAAAUCUAUUGUUAGAUCUAUAGAAGAUAAAGUUAUCUGAAUGCUUCUGUUGUUCAUUUUCCUACAGCGAUUCCUGCAGAGGUUCAUUGACCCCACUUCUAAUGAGGAUGAGAAUGCUGGUUUGGACUUGAAUGAGCCUCUCUACAUGCAGAAGCUGGAGGAGGUAGGGUCUCCCAUCUGUGUGACACCAAGAACAGUGAUCAAGCAUUUACUUCUAGUCCUUUGCUGGAUUUCUUCUAUUUGAUGUUCUUGAGGUAUUCUUGAGACUAGCAAUUCAACAUUUUGCUAAUCAUUUCUGUCGUCCCUCUAGAUCAGUGUGAUUGGUGAGCCUGUGCUGAAUGUCAACUGCAGCCAUGUGCAGUCCUUUGAUGCAGACCUGUACAGGCAGCUCAUCUCCUACCCCCAGGUAAAUACACACGCAUACACGUGCCAGACGGUCUCCAACAUUAAUAUUGAUGGAGGAUAGUGAGCUAUGAAUGCGAAGUUAAAACAUGUUCGCUUAUGACCGUAUUAAAUCAAAUUGUGACGGCAAGCACAGGCGGUUUUCUGUAAUAUUUAUCUGCAACAUUUUUGUCUGCAAUUUAUUACCAUGGGCCUACCCAUAGAGAUACAAUAUGUUUAAUGAUGUGGGCAUACCAAUAAAAAUGGUGAUUCAUAACGUUUCUCCUAUAUCUCUAUCGCAGGAAGUCAUACCUACAUUUGACAUGGCAGUCAAUGAGCUGUUCUUCGAACGUUUCCCAGACUCCAUCUUGGAACACCAGAUCCAGGUGCGGCCAUACAACGCCCUGAAGACCAGGAACAUGAGGAGCCUGAACCCUGAAGGUAAGAGUCUAGACCAGGGGUCUCCAACCUUUUUUUUUGCAUGAGAGCUUCUUUAAAAAAUGAAACAUAUCGUGAGCUACUGCAUAUAUUUUUUAUAGCUUUCAAAUAGGCACAUUCUUCUCCUCUACCCUGCAACUCUUCCCUGGGUCAUUGGUGUACAAGAGGUGUGUUUUCUGUCAAUAUAGCUGGUAUAAUAAUGGUAAUAAACUACUUUUUAAGUGGGGCCCAUAAAAUUAGAUGUAUUUUCUUUCCUGGUUUAUGAUUGUUUUUCUUCUGUUUUUUACUCUCAAUAUUACAAUUAUUCAUAGACAAACAACGAAAAUUGAUGUUCUGAGCUAAAAUCACAGAAGACAAUUUGAGGACUAGGAAGAAAAAGGAAAACAUUUGUAGAUUUGAGUGUAAUUGCCCUUUAAUUGCGCAUCUAGCAAGAGACUAAUGUGGUAGUCUAGCGAUGUUUCUGCUGUUAGGCCUACUGCUGCAGCACGUCAUGGCAGAGUUUGCAAAACAAUUGCCACACAAUUAAUACAAAUAAUCAUGAUGUACAGUGCAUUUGGAAGGUAUUCAGACCUCUUGACUUUUUCCACAUUUUGUUAUGUUACAGCCGUAUUCUAAAAUUGAAUUUAAAAAAAUUUGAUCAUCUACACACAAUACCACAUAAUGACAAAGCAAAAACAGGUUUUUAGAUUUUUUUGCACAUUACAAAAAACAAAAACAAAAAACCUUAUUUACCGUAUUCCGACCCUUUGCUAUGAGAUUUGAAAUUGAGUUCGGGUGCAUCCUGUUUCCAUUGAUCACUCUUGAGAUGUUUCUACAACUUGAUUGGAGUCCACCUGUGGUAAAUUCAAUUGAUUGGACAUGAUUUGGAAAGGCACACACCUGUCUAUAUAAGGUCCCACAGUUGACAGUGCAUGUCAGAGCAAAAACAUUUUACAUUUAUAUUUUAGUCAUUUAGCAGACGCUCUUAUCCAGAGCGACUUACAGUUAGUGAGUGCAUACAUUUUUCAUACUGGCCCCCCGUGGGAAUCGAACCCACAACCCUGGCUUUGCAAGCCAUGAGGUGGAAGGAAUUGUCCGUAGAACUCCGAGACAGGCUUGUGUCAGGGCACAGCUCUAGGGAAGGAUACCAAAACAUGUCUGCAGCAUUGAAGGUCCCCAAGGAUACAGUGGCCUCCAUCAUUCUUAAAUGGAAGAAGUUUAGAACCACCAAGACUCUAGAGCUGGCCGCUCGGCCAAAGUGAGCAAUCGGGGGAGAAGGGCCUUAGUCAGGGAGGUGACCAAGAACCUGAUGGUCACUCUGACUGAACUCCAGAGUUGCUCUGUGGAGAUGGGAGAACCUUCCAGAAGGACAACCAUCUGUGCAGCACUCCACCAAUCAGACCUUUAUGGUAGAGUGGCCAGACGGAAGCCACUCCUCAGUAAAAGGCACAUGACAGCCCGCUUGGAGUUUGCCAAAAGGCACCUAAAGACUCUCAGACCAUGAGAAACAAGAUUCUCUGGUCUGAUGAAACCAAGAUUGAACUCUUUGGCCUGAAUGCCAAGCGCCACGUCUGGAAGCGCCGCCACGUCUGGAGGCAACUCUACGGUGAAGCAUGGUGGUGGCAGCAUCAUGCUGUGGGGAUGAUUUUCAGCAGCAGAGACUGGGAGACUAGUCAGGAUCGAGGGAAAGAUGAACUGAGCUAAGUACCGAGAGAUCCUUGAUGAAAAUCUGCUCCAGAGUGGGACCUCCGACUGGGGCGACGGUUCACCUUCCAACAGGACAAUGACCCUAAGCACACAGCCAAGACAACGCAGGAGUGGCUUCGGGACAAGUCUCUGAAUGUCCCUGAGUGACCCAGCCAGAGCCCGGACUUGAACCUGAUCGAACAUCUCUGGAGAGACCUGAAAAUAGCUGUGCAGUGAUGCUCCCCAUCCAACCUUGAGAGGAUCUGCAGAGAAGAAUGGGAGAAACUCCCCAAAUACAGGUGUGCAAAGCUUGUAGCGUCAUACCCAAGAAGGCUGUAAUCUCUGCCAAAGGCGCUUCAACAAAGUACUGAGUAAAGGGUCUGAAUACUUCAACUUCAAUUUUUUUAAAUAUACAUUUGCAAUAAUUUCUAAAUACCUGGUUUUGCUUUGUCAUUAUGGGGUAUUGUGUGUGUAGAUUGAUGAGUGGGGAAAAAAAACAAUUUAAUCCAUUUUAGAAUAAGGCUGUAACAAAAUGUGGAAAAAGUCAAGGGGUCUGAAUACUUUCCGAAUGCACUGUAGUUAUGUCAUUUAAUUGAGAAGGUUUUUGGAGAGUGUCUUUCUGUCUACCCACAAGACUGUUAUCAUCACUAACUGGUUACAUGUAGAGUGAUAGACAAACGCGUUCACCAAACAGACAGACAGAUUGGCAAUAUUGCUGGAAAUUAAUUGGCAGAUGUUGUUACGUUUGGCUUUUUAACCAACAGUGGCUAACCAGGGGUGGGAUAAUGUCAAUGUGGCUUUGAUUGGAUAGUAGCCGGGAGCUCAAGAUCUACCUGUUGGAGACCCCUGGUCUAGGUCAUGUCAUAUUAUGGAUGUCUAGAUUCCCUGAACAACCCAUGCAGAUCUAUUGCACAACCAUAUGAAGAGUGAAUCAUGUAUUUGUUUUCUUUCAAUUUCGAGCAUUUGAGCCUGCAGCCUAGAGUGCCAGAUGGUUUGCACUUUUGGUACUAUUCCAUUGGUUCCAUUGCUCUGGGCAAGCUCAAUCAAGUACAACUAUAAAAUGUUUGAAACAAAAACAAGAUCUAUUUGAACCCAGGUCUGGUGCUUACUGAUUGUAUUAAAAACUAAUCUUGCCUCGCUGCCUCUCCUCCCAGACAUUGAUCAGAUGAUCACUAUCAGCGGCAUGGUGAUCAGGACCUCCCAGCUGAUCCCAGAGAUGCAGGAGGCCUUCUUCCAGUGCCAGGUGUGUGCCUUCUCUACCCGCGUGGAGGUGGACCGUGGCCGCAUAGCAGAACCCGCAGUGUGCCGCAACUGUAACACCACCCACAGCCUGGCCCUCAUCCACAACCGCUCGGCCUUCUCCGACAAACAGAUGGUGAGCUAUGGGGAGAGGUAGAAGGCACCAGAAGUUGUUUUUUAUAGUAGUACAAGACACCAAUACAUUUAAAUAUACGGACCCGAGGACAACUAGACCCGUUCCGUAUAGACCUGGUCGGAUCCAGGUCUGAUCCGAGUGAGGGAAGCAGCAAAGUCAAAUUUUUAAGCUACUUUAUUAACCGGAGCUGAUAAAGCGUGAGGGAGAGGUAGAGAGAAGUGACGCUCUAGCAGGGGCCAUGCUGUGUGUGUAGGCUACUGUGAGUGUGAGAGGAGGUAGAGAGAAGUGACGCUCUAGCAGGGGCCAUGCUGUGUGUGUAGGCUACUGUGAGUGUGAGAGGAGGUAGAGAGAAGUGACGCUCUAGCAGGGGCCAUGCUGUGUGUGUAGGCUACUGUGAGUGUGAGAGGAGGUAGAGAGAAGUGACGCUCUAGCAGGGGCCAUGCUGUGUGUGUAGGCUACUGUGAGUGUGAGAGGAGGUAGAGAGAAGUGACGCUCUAGCAGGGGCCAUGCUGUGUGUGUAGGCUACUGUGAGUGUGAGAGGAGGUAGAGAGAAGUGACGCUCUAGCAGGGGCCAUGCUGUGUGUGUAGGCUACUGUGAGUGUGAGAGGAGGUAGAGAGAAGUGACGCUCUAGCAGGGGCCAUGCUGUGUGUGUAGGCUACUGUGAGUGUGAGCAAGUGACCCAGUGAGGAGGGAGGGAGAGACUGCAACCAACCAAGUCGACUCGUGCUAUACAGUGCCUUGCAAAAGUAUUCAUCCCCUUGGCCGUUCUUCCUAUUUUGUUGCAUUGCCACCUGUAAUUUAAAUGGAUUUUUAUUUGGAUUUCAUGUAAUGGACAUACAUAAAAUAGUCCAAAUUGGUGAAGUGGAAUGAAAAAAAUAACUUAUAUAGUUAUGCACGCUCAAGUUUUCUGUUUUUUUGUCUUAUUUCUUGUUUGUUUCACAAGAAAAAAUAUUUUGCAUCUUCAAAGUGGUAGGCAUGUGGUGUAAAUCAAACGAUGCAAACAAAUCCAUUUUAAUUCCAGGUUGUAAGGCAACAAAAUAGGAAAAAUGCCAAGGGGGGUGAAUACUUUUGCAAGCCACUGUAGUAGACUAAUAGCUGCCAUAGCUAGGUUAUUUAUUUACAUUUACAUUUUAGUAAUUUAGCAGACGCUCUUAUCCAGAGCGACUUACAGUUAGUGAGUGCAUACAUUAUAUUAUUAUUUUUAUUUGAUUUUUUAUACUGGCCCCCCGUGGGAAUCGAACCCACAACCCUGGCGUUGCAAACGCCAUGCUCUACCAACUGAGCUACAUCCCUGCCGGCCAAUAUGAUUAUGUAUUACCUGUCUUUACUGCAUCAAACCAGGAGAAGCUAGUUAAGCUAGCUAGGCUAAUCGAGCCAUGCGCUUUCUCAUCCUACACAAUAACAACUCCAUUGAAAAUAUAAAGUAGCAGCCUGCCUGUUGGCCCUUGGUCGUUGUAGCCUAUCCUUCUUCCUUUUAACUUUGAACUCCGUCAUUUUAAUUCCAUCUUCCAUUGAUUAGAUAUCUCCUAACUUUUACCACAAACAGAGGCUGUAUGACUAGCCUAUUGCCGCUUUGACGACUUAUGAUUGGCCAACAACAAGGUACACGCGCCACUCUUGUGAAAAGCAAGAGCAGGAGCAUAAAUGAUACAAACUCUCUCUACUUCAGCAGUCUCGUUCGGCUCUGUACAGGUCCAUCCAGACAAGCCAGUUAAAAUGACACGUACACGUGACAAUCAGAUACAACCCAGACCUGUGACAUUAUUUAGAAUUCUUGAUCCGGGCCCGCUAGAUAUUUGGGUACAGGUGGAUACGUGAAGACCUCUACCAGGGAGAGGGCAUGGGGGAUGUCUUUAUACUGUAUGACAGUCUGCUUACUUUCAAAAGAAGAUAUCAUUUUCUUGGAUGCUGUUGAACAGAACUGAUGAGAUAGUGGUUUAGUUUAGAUACCCAUUGGAGCUUAUCUUCCUGGGUUCGUACACAAAUAAAAUACGUGUGUAUUCCCAGCCACACCUCUAAAGAAGCAGAGCUCCUGUUUUCUCACUCUGAUUAAUUUUCUCCUCUCUCUUUUUCAGAUCAAAGUUCAGGAGUCUCCUGAUGACAUGCCUGCUGGGCAGACCCCUCACACCACCAUAGUGUAUGCUCACAACGACCUGGUCGACAAAGUACAGCCAGGAGACCGCAUCAACAUCACUGGUGAGCUGUUUGACCCGCAGAAGAAAUUGCUGUGAAUCGAUGGAUGUAUAGCUUUGCUGUUGGUGACAUGGUCACACAGGCUAUGAAGGGCUAGGAGUUUUAACUUUCAAUGUGACCUGACCAGGAAAGACUCUGUGCUCUAGUUAAAGGGGCAAUCCGCAGUUGCUACACCCAUUUUUGGACUUAUAAAUUAAUUAUAUAUACUCAUUGAUUUUUUAAGAAUAUAACUUAUAAGUGCCUCAUGAGCUUUAGUUUAACUGUCAGAAACCAAAAUAUAAGCUUGUUUUACUUCAGUGUUUGUAUACACUGUAUAACCUCAGUAUGCUUAAAGCUAUCAUUUUUAUAUCUUGGAUGGUCAGUCCUUGCAUUAAUAUUCUGUCUAUGAUUUUAAGUGGUUACAUUUCUCCAGGCCCAUCCCUCAGCUUUUUUACUAAAACAGAGGUGGGGUGCCCACUUUAUUGAUUCAACUGCGGAUUGCCCCUUUAAAGCCUAUAACCAUGGGCCUAGUUUUCCUGGUCCGGUCACGGGUCAGGAAAAACUAUUGGCCCUAGUCAUGCAUAUUGCUGCUGUGCCUUAUUGCAGUUUGGUCCUAUAGACCCAUUUUCCGUCAUGAAAAGUUGCGCGCACAGUUCGUCAUCAGAAACCUCUUUGUUUACCCAGCAGUGGAUACGAUCACAUGCAACAUAAAAUGCAGCUUGUGCAAGUUAAACAAACACGUAAUUAGAUGGUUAUCAUCUACAACAUCGCAGAUGUCAUCAGAGGAUUGAUUACCUAGCAAGGCAAGGUAAAAUAUCCCAAAUUGAGCUAGAUAAAGCCAGAAGGAUAAUAUACUUGUUGAACAUGGCUUUAGCCAUCAGCCUUGCGUGUUUUUAUGGUCAUCACUCACUCACUGUUAAGUUUGUCACGGUCCCGAGACUCCCAACAUCAGCGUUAGCAAUCCAGCUACAGAGCUUUUUGAUGUUCGGGAUGCGUGUACAUCACUGGAACGUGACGUUUGAUGGUAAACAGAAAAUGACUAUCGUCAUUACUAAACUCCUCAACUCCACCACAGGUAUCUACAGAGCGGUGCCUAUGCGUGAGAACCCUCGCCAGAGCAACGUGAAGUCUGUGUACAAGACCCACAUCGACGUCAUCCACUUCCGUAAGACGGACGAGAAGCGCCUUCACGGGCUGGAUGAGGAUUCAGACCAGAAGCUUUUCACUGAGGAGCGCGUCCAGACACUGAAGGAGCUGGCCGCCAAACCAGACGUGUACGAGCGUCUCUCCUCCGCCCUGGCCCCCAGUAUCUACGAACAAGAGGACAUCAAGAAGGUCAGUGGGGAUGGUUAUCGACUAUCAGUCAAGGAUGAGUUUCCAGGAAGCAACAUUGCAGCACUAAGAUUAUAUUUUCUACAUUGCCUGCUAUGGAUAUAAGAUGUUUGUGCGACAACGCUUUUGGGAAACUCGCCACAGGACAAUUGUCCCAUCGAUCCCUUCAGAUGACCAUAGCAGUGUGGCGUCCUCUGCUGCCAGGGAUGUGUAACUGCAGUCUUUCAUAUUAUGGAUUUUGCUUUUAUUCAACAUCUAUGAACAGUACUAUAAAGUUUGUAAUUCUUUUCCCAGGGCAUUUUACAGCAGCAAUUGUUUAAUUUUGCCUGAGUUUAGAUUUGACUUUAAUUUAAGUCAUGACCAGGACUAUAAUCUAUCUCUUUUCCACAGGGUAUUCUUCUCCAGCUGUUCGGGGGCACCCGUAAAGACUUCAGCCAGACAGGCCGUGGUAACUUCCGUGCCGAGGUAAACAUCCUGCUCUGUGGAGACCCCGGUACCUCCAAGUCCCAGCUGCUGCAGUACGUGUUCAACCUGGUGCCCCGCGGCCAGUACACAUCUGGGAAGGGCUCCAGCGCCGUGGGCCUCACCGCCUACGUGAUGAAGGACCCAGAGACCAAGCAGCUGGUGCUGCAGACUGGGGCCCUGGUGCUCAGUGAUAACGGGAUAUGCUGUAUUGAUGAGUUUGACAAGAUGAGUGACAGCACACGCUCUGUGCUGCAUGAGGUCAUGGAGCAGCAGACUCUCUCCAUCGCCAAGGUGGGUUUAGAAAAGGACAAAACAAGUUGACUGUUUGAUGUUGAAGUUUCAGCACAAGACUCAGGACUAGUCCUAAUGACCAAUGCACUUCUGAGAAACGUAUAGGCUUCUGUUGAAUGUGGUGUUGCUAACAUCUAAUUAGGGUAGUUUCUCACAAAGCUCUUCUCUUUGUGCAGGCUGGAAUUAUUUGCCAGCUCAAUGCGCGCACCUCCGUCCUGGCAGCAGCCAAUCCCGUGGAGUCUCAGUGGAACCCCAAGAAGACGACCAUCGAGAACAUCCAGCUCCCUCACACACUGCUCUCAAGGUAAAUAUUACCUGAUAGCUUAACAGCUCUGAACACUGUUGUUGGUACAUGGUAUUGAUUGUCAAUAAUAUCUUAUUUAGGUCGCUUCACUGACGGCCACUGAACCCUAAACAAUGUCUUCUCCACUUUGUGGGCAUAAAUAAAUAUUGCACUCAGAACAUGCAUAUCAUUUACAUUUUAAUCAUUUAGCAGACGCUCUUAUCCACAGCGACUUACAGGAGCAAUUACUCAAGGGCACAUCAACAGAUUUUUCACUUAGUCAGCUCGGGGAUUCAAACUGGCGACCUUCUGGUUACUGGCUCAACACUCUUAUGAACUGUUGUAAAUCAAUAAGAUUUGAGUAUGUUAGGCAUUAAACAUAUAUAUAUAUAUACUGCUCAAAAAAAUAAAGGGAACACUUAAACAACACAAUGUAACUCCAAGUCAAUCACACUUCUAUGAAAUCAAACUGUCCACUUAGGAAGCAACACUGAUUGACAAUACAUUUCACAUGCUGUUGUGCAAAUGGAAUAGACAACAGGUGGAAAUUAUAGGCAAUUAGCAAGACACCCCCAAUAAAGGACUGGUUUUGCAGGUGGUGACCACAGACCACUUCUCAGUUCCUAUGCUUCCUGGCUGAUGUUUUGGUCACUUUUGAAUGCUGGCGGUGCUUUCACUCUAGUGGUAGCAUGAGACGGAGUCUACAACCCACACAAGUGGCUCAGGUAGUGCAGCUCAUCCAGGAUGGCACAUCAAUGCGAGCUGUGGCAAGAAGGUUUGCUGUGUCUGUCAGCGUAGUGUCCAGAGCAUGGAGGAUCUACCAGGAGACAGGCCAGUACAUCAGGAGACGUGGAGGAGGCCGUAAGAGGGCAACAACCCAGCAGCAGGACCGCUACCUCCGCCUUUGUGCAAGGAGGAGCAGGAGGAGCACUGCCAGAGCCCUGCAAAAUGACCUCCAGCAGGCCACAAAUGUACAUGUGUCUGCUCAAACGGUCAGAAACAGACUCCAUGAGGGUGGUAUGAGGGCCCAACGUCCACAGGUGGGGGUUGUGCUUACAGCCCAACACCGUGCAGGACGUUUGGCAUUUGCCAGAGAACACCAAGAUUGGCAAAUUCGCCACUGGCGCCCUGUGCUCUUCACAGAUGAAAGCAGGUUCACACUGAGCACAUGUGACAGACGUGACAGAGUCUGGAGACGCCGUGGAGAACAUUCUGUUGCCUGCAACAUCCUCCAGCAUGACCGGUUUGGCGGUGGGUCAGUCAUGGUGUGGGGUGGCAUUUCUUUGGGGGGCCGCACAGCCCUCCAUGUGCUCGCCAGAGGUAGCCUGACUGCCAUUAGGUACCGAGAUGAGAUCCUCAGACCCCUUGUGAGACCAUAUGCUGGUGCGGUUGGCCCUGGGUUCCUCCUAAUGCAAGACAAUGCUAGACCUCAUGUGGCUGGAGUGUGUCAGCAGUUCCUGCAAGAGGAAGGCAUUGAUGCUAUGGACUGGCCCGCCCGUUCCCCAGACCUGAAUCCAAUUGAGCACAUCUGGGACAUCAUGUCUCGCUCCAUCCACCAACGCCACGUUGCACCACAGACUGUCCAGGAGUUGGCGGAUGCUUUAGUCCAGGUCUGGGAGGAGAUCCCUCAGGAGACCAUCCACCACCUCAUCAGGAGCAUGCCCAGGCAUUGUAGGGAGGUCAUACAGGCACGUGGAGGCCAAACACACUACUGAGCCUCAUUUUGACUUGUUUUAAGGACAUUACAUCAAAGUUGGAUCAGCCUGUAGUGUGGUUUUCCACUUUAAUUUUGAGGGUGACUCCAAAUCCAGACCUCCAUGGGUUGAUACAUUUGAUUUCCAUUGAUAAUUUUUGUGUGAUUUUGUUGUCAGCACAUUCAACUAUGUAAAGAAAAAAGUAUUUAAUAAGAUUAUUUCAUUCAUUCAGAUCUAGGAUGUGUUAUUUUAGUGUUCCCUUUAUUUUUCUGAGCAGUGUAUAAAAACGAAAUGCCAUUUUCUUCCCUACAGAUUUGAUCUGAUCUUCCUGAUGCUGGAUCCUCAAGACGAGGCGUACGACCGUCGCCUGGCUCACCACCUGGUGGCGCUGUACUACCAGAGCGAGGAGCAGAUCGAGGAAGAGUUCCUGGACAUGGCAGUGCUGAAGGACUACAUUGCAUAUGCUCGCACCUACAUCAACCCCAGACUGAACGAAGAAGCCAGCCAGGCACUCAUUGAAGUAUGAUAUAAUUUGAAUAAAAUGCUCCAAAUUAAAAGUUGUUGUGAUGUAGAUGUAACUUCAGGGCCUGACAUUAGCACCAUACCACCAGAUAAAUGUGGUUUAAAAAAGUAUUGAGUGACUGGCUAGUAAAAAAUGUAAUCCAUCAUCCACACUGGCUGCUGGAGAAAAAUAUUUUACGGCCCUGAGUUCUGUGAAUGUGCUGGUUCUAGGUUUAGGCCAGACAAAGACCUUCUGAUCAAAACGUUGCACUAAAAUAUCCUGUGGGAGCAUUCAACAGUGUAAAAGGGCUUUAUAAAGAAAUGGGAUUGAUUGUAUGGGUAUCUUUCUCUCUCCCAGGCAUAUGUGGACAUGAGGAAGAUUGGCAGCGGGCGGGGGAUGGUGUCUGCCUACCCCAGGCAGCUGGAGUCUCUGAUUCGACUGGCCGAGGCCCAUGCCAAGGUGCGCUUCUCUGACAAGGUGGAGACAAUUGAUGUGGAGGAGGCCAAGAGACUGCACCGUGAGGCCCUCAAGCAGUCUGCCACAGACCCCAGGACUGGCUUCGUGGACAUCUCCAUUCUCACAACUGGUAUGGAAGCCUUUGUCUACAACGCCCCUCCCCCCAGUAUGGUGCAAGUAUUAACCUGUCUUGUUUUUACUCAAUCCAGGAAUGAGUGCCACGGCCCGUAAGCGUAAGGAGGAAGUGGCCCAGGCCCUGAAGAAAAUGAUCCAGUCCAGGGGAAAGACCCCUGCCAUGAAAUACCAGCAACUGUUUGAUGACCUCAGAGGACAGUCUGAAGCCGUAAGUAGUAUCUACCUGCUCUGCUUUUCCUAUUGAUGAGAACUAACUAUAUAGGAAAAUCCUAAAAAAAUAUUUAGAUAUGCCUGCCAUCCAAUUAAAAUACAUAUUUAUUCUGAAUAUGGUGUAUAUCUGACCCCUGUGUUUCCCCCCCCCCAAUUAUUUACCUUUUUCAGGCAAUAACGAAGGACAUGUUUGAAGAGGCUCUGCGUGCCCUGGCAGAUGAAGACUAUCUGACCGUCACUGGAAAGACUGUUCGCCUGCUGUAAAGAAACACAGCUCUUCUGUCCUUGUACAGUCAUUCAAUUCACACUUAUUUCCCUGUAGCAACAGCUUUCUCUCUCUACAGAAUAAAUGUAAAAAAUGUUUGACCAUGUUAAUGUUUACUCCAAGUCAGGACUAGCUUUGUGAGUCCUGUUAGUGUGUGGUGGCUUUGAUAUGUUAUUAUGGUGAGCAAUAAAUAAAUGCUUUUGUAUGUCA